CAAACAACACAACACACACCCAAACAUAUACACACACCCAUACAUACAGUAUACACACACCCAUAACUUCGUUCAAAACGUAUAAUAAUGCUUGACACUAAACAACAACCUACCCAGUUAUCAUGGUCAUGCUUAAAGGAAGAGUGUUAAAGGAAACCCAGCAGCACUGUGCUGACCACAGGAUCCCGUUCCCCCACAUCGAUUUCUGCCACGUGGAGAACGAGCCCAUGGAAAGAGGUGUACGUCUUCGAGGACGAGGAGAACCCCAAAGCACCCAUUGUGGUUCACUUCCCCAUGGUCAAUCUCACCUUCAGGGAGUUCAAAGCCCCAGGUGUCAGGCGCGAGGGGGCGGAGGAACUGAUACAAGGGGACGUGGAUGUCAACACCGAAGACUCGCCGUACGUCACUAGCAACCUGGCCUAUCAGCCGGAGGACUUCCAGAAGCUGAUGGAUCUCAUGCACUACAACAUCCCGAACAACCGCGACACAUUCCUGUCGGCUUUGCGUCGGGCGUUAGAGAGAGAGAGAGUCCACGAAGACGAGGACGAAGACCACUCCUGUCCCCAAAUGGAUCCCUCUUUGUUUUCAUUUUGAUUAUUUGGAGCCAGACAUAGUCUGUGAGAAUAUAGAAUGAUAAGCAUGUUUUUAUGGAGACCAAGGUGGGUUAAGCAUACUGUAUCUCAUUUACUUUAAUUGCAUGUUUAUACUCAUGAUAUACUUAUUCAAGCAUGUUUAUCGUGUACAUGCAUAUGAAAAAAGAAAAUUAAAAAAACAGAGGAUUCACACUUACUUCACACAAUACUACAUGACAUAUGUUGUACUUGUGAAAAACAGUAUGUUCUACUGAAAGGCUUUAAAAUUAAAAUGUUGCCCCCCA